CUGACGUCUCAGAGGCAGCCAGAAAAAGGUGAUAGAAAUACGCCUAACGAUGCGGCCGCCGCCACUGCCGACAUCGGGACCCCCGCGCCGACUCGUAUACCUUCAGAGAGUGAUGAGACCGUUGUCUUCACCGGUCUUGUCACCGAGCCCGGUGGUCAGGCAAUGACUGUGGCCGUCUACGGUUAUGGCACCGUGAGUCAGCGCUGGCGCGUUGCAGUCGUCGACUUCUCCACCAACGGCAUUAUUUCCCGAAACUGUGAGUUAAAUUUGCUUAAAAACGUGUCACAGAUCAAACUGAUAAUAAAGGACGUAAAAUGUACAGGAGUCGUAGAUCUGCCAACUGGAGGCACUGCUGAAGAUUACGAAGUUUGGUCACCACACGAAAUUCCGGCUAAGGGAGACGCUCCGGACAAUGGUUGUCUUCUAGGAAUGAAGGAGUUCUUCUAUCGGCUGAAGGAGAAUGCUCUGUAA